AUGAAACGACACCGGCCCCGUGCUCAAGACUUCACAGUCGGCUGGAUCUGUCCUCUUCCGCUCGAAUACGCCGCUGCAAAAGACGUCCUCGAUGAGCUGUACGACGAGGCUGAAUACGCGACCGGUCGCAUCCACAACCAUGAGGUCGUCAUCACCUGUCUUCCUGCGGGCCAAAUGGGCACAAACGCUGCUGCCGCGGCCACGGCAAAAAUGCUUGCUGCCUUUCCAAACGUAAAAAAUGCGCUUCUCGUGGGGAUAGCUGGAGGUGUACCAAGCAACCAGGCAGACAUCCGCCUUGGUGACGUUGUUAUCAGCCAGCCCAAUGGACAAUAUGGCGGAGUAGUCCAGUAUGACUUUGGGAAGACCAUUCCCGGUGGGUUUCAGCGCGUGGGCUCUCUCAACGCCCCCUCUCACGACCUGCUCACGGCUCUGUCGAAAUUGAAGGCGAAUCCGGCUGCUGCUAGGCAUGCCAUCGACGCAAGUAAAACCUACCAACCUCCAUCUAGCACCGACGUCCUUUUCCACGCCUCCUACGACCAUGUCCAGGGAGAAACGUGUGCCCAGUGCCGUGAGGAUAUGCAAAUCGAGCGGGUGCCGCGGGUUGGGGGUUCAGAAAUAUUCUUCGGUACUGUUGCCUCUGGCAAUCAAGUGAUUAAAUAUGGUACGACCAGGGACGGGACUAGCUCUAAACUGGAUGGAGUUCUGUGUUUCGAGAUGGAGGCUGCUGGUGUGGUGAACUUGGUGCCCUGUCUCGUCGUUCGAGGCAUCUGUGACUACGCAGAUUCACACAAGAACAAGACAUUCCAACCGCUCGCAGCAGCUGCCGCUGCCAUGUGUGCGAGAGAAAUUCUUUCCUAUCUGCCCUGCAAACCAGCCUUGAGGAAUGAACAACAACAGGCUCCUAGUGGACCAGUGCCGACGGAAAACCAAUGUGAUACAGAACCCCACCACUACAAGGCGUCGCUAGCACAAAGACAGAUUUAUAUGGAGUCGCUUAGAUUCGACCAGAUGGAUAGCCGGCACGCGACAAUUAAGAUGGCACAUGCAAAAACUUGUCGGUGGCUGAUGAACUGUCAAAAGCACCAGGAUUGGCUAAACCCCGAAUGUUUUGAUCAGCAUCACGGAUUCUUCUGGAUAAAGGGGAAGCCAGGGGCAGGUAAAUCUACACUGCUGAAGUUUGCUUUUUCGCAGGCCAGAAAACGGAUGGGAGACGUCAAUAUUGUGUCUUUCUUCUUCAAUGCGCGCGGCGAGGCUUUGGAGAAGACGGUGUUAGGGAUGUACCGGUCUCUUCUUUGGCAGCUACUUGAACAGUUGCCGGAUCUACAGGCAGUAUUCGACACAUUGUCAGUUAAUGCAGGCCACUGGAAUUCCUAUAACUGGAGUAUCGAAACCCUAAAGGAUCUCCUCUGCACAGCGGUUGAGGGUCUUCAAAAUCGCUCUGUCAAAUGCUACAUUGACGCCCUUGACGAGUGCAAACAAGAAGAGGUCCAAGAUAUGUUAUCGUUCUUCGAACAAUUGGGCGAAAUUGCAGCAUCCAACCGACUUCGGUUCCUUGUCUGCUUUUCAAGCCGCCACUAUCCUCAUAUUACCGUUGACAAUAAAGUUGAGCUGGUGCUGGAAAAUCAAGGCGAUCACCACACAGACAUCUCCAAUUACGUGAAUGCGGAGCUCAAAGUAGGCAACAGCAGGCAGGUUCUACAGAUGAAAGAAACAAUUAUCAAUCGAUCAUCGGGAAUUUUCUUGUGGGCAGUACUUGUCGUACGUAUACUCAAUGAGGAGUAUUCCCGUGGACAUGCCCACACUCUCAAACGAAGGCUGGAGGAGAUACCAGAUGGAUUGAAUUCGUUAUUGCAGGAUAUCCUCACAAGGGACAACAACAAUAUGGCAAAAACGCUACUUUGCCUACAGUGGAUCCUAUAUGCGGAACGGCCCUUGACGCAAAAAGAGCUUUAUUUUGCUAUUUUAGCUGGAACUGAGUCCCCAGAGUUCCUUGCAGAUUGGACAGCAGACGAAGCAGAUAUUGACGAAGAAACUUUCAAAAUAUCCAUGCUCGAUUCUUCUAAAGGGCUAGCAGAAGUCACCAAAUCCAAAAAGAACUCCACAGUACAGUUUAUUCAUGAGUCUGUCCGUGAUUUCCUUCGGGAUGAGGGCCUCAGCAAUCUCGAAGUUGGCGGUAUUGCCCCAGGAUCCAGUCACGACGCGUUGAAAAUCUGCUGUUUGAAGUAUGUAAACAUUGAUUUGUCGUCACGUUUACCGCAUUUCCAAGAUAUUCCACGAGCCAAAUCCCCAGAGGCGAGCCGUCUUAUAGAAGCUGUAUCUCGGAGUUAUCCUUUCCUUGAGUAUGCCGUGCAGAAUGUGUUCCAUCACGCAAACAUUGCGGCCGAGCAUGGGAUGGCGCAGGGACUGUUUUUAGCAGGGUUUCCCACUGCCAGUUGGAUACUGAAGAAUAACAUGUUUGAGAAACAUCAAGUACGCCGGUAUACCUCAUAUGCAGACAAGGUGUACAUCUUAGCAGAGCAUAACUGGUUAAAGCUCCUUACGAUCGAGUGC